CUGGGCCCAAAACCAAAUGAAAGGACGAAAUAGUCCUCCAUCAAACAUCAUUUUGACCAACAAAUACCGAAACUUUCCCAGGGAAGUGAGAAUCGUGAACCUAAACGAUCCCAAACGGUGUCAGCAACAAAGCUCGUCUCAGCUCCAUAAUUCCUCAGUGUUUUGGUAAAUCAAUCAUGGGAGGAGGUGAACACGGCCAUGCCCAUGGAGACUUCACGAAAAAUGUGUGGACUUUAUUUGGAGGCCCCGACUGUAGGCCCAAGUACUGGAGGCGUAACACCGCCAUUGCCAUGGCCGGUGUCUUUCUCAUCUGCAUUCCCAUCGCCAUGAAAUCCGCCGAGCUUGAGCAACGGCCAAAUCAUCCUAUUCGGCCUAUUCCUUCUCAACUCUGGUGCAAGAACUUUGGAACUAAAGACUAUUAAACCCAUUGAGGACCAUGCAGUGAAAAGGAGGUUUCAUGUCUAAAUUGCACGAGUUUUGUAGACCGUUACUUGUAUUUGUUAUUCGAAGUCAAUAUGAGCAUCCUUUGGGAUUUGCUGUGGAGAUGUUUUCAACUAUUAAAGAUAUGACUCUUGGUGUGAGUUGUCAUCACAUUUUACUAUCAAUGACUAAAAUAAGUCGCAUUCUUAGAAUAUGGAUUUAUUUGUUCUGUCAAACUUUGAAAUGUCAUGGAAUAAAAAUUUCAGAGUUCCAAA